CUGCUCCUCUGCCCCAUUCCCUGCCCCCGCCCCGCGGGACGCCGGUGCCGGGUCUGGGUUCCAGGUCCAGAGCCGCUCGCGCCCGGACGCCGGCCGCCCCGUCGAGCCUUCGGGCCGCUGUGCACCCGCUCCCCGCCCGCGCCCCAGUCAGGACGGUCCAGACCUCCAAGCCCCGCGCCUGGCUCGGCUUCCUGUUCCCCUCCCGUCUCCCUCUCCCCUUUGCUGGGGCCUUAGCGUGUGUGGGGGGGGGAGAUUCAGGAAGCGCACACUCUCCACCUCCCGUGCUGCCCCCCACGGGGGUUCCCGAGCCAGGGCCCGCCCCUUCCUGGCCCUCCGGGAGACCCCGCAGCCUGGCACCCUCUGCGGCCCUUCCCCACCCACGCACCCCCCUCCGCCCCCCUCCGCCGCCCCGUACUCACUGCCACGUCCCCAUCCUGCCGUCCCCUCCCAUCUCCCAGGGACGCUGUCAGGCGGGCGGCGCGUCCCGUGCGGCCCCGCUCAGUCGCCUGGGCUGGGUUGGAGGCUCCGCUCAUGUGGGGCUCAGGGGACUGUUGGGGAUUCCGUUUGGGAAAAAGCCACCAGGCCAUUCAGUGCCCAGCCGGCUUGGGGACCCCCACUCGCUGCCCUUUCGGAAGCGGGACCUUUGGCGCUGCCCUUCCCUGGCUGCGUGGGGCCCUCUUCGCCCCCCACUCCCAGGACCACGCCCAGCAGCCCAUGUCCAGGCCUCUGCCCCUGGCCACGGGACCCAGGUCCCCAUGCCCCCGGCUAGAGGCAGCAGGCAGCUCGGCCAGCGGACGGGCCAGCUGGUUCCUUUCAGGGGCAGCCUUGCCCCCUCUCCCGCCCCAUCUCCCCCCCAUCUCCCCCCCCACGGGGCUGUAACCCGAGCCGCCCAGCCGCCGCUUCCCCUCCGGAUCCUCCCCGGCGGCUCUGCGGCCCCGGGCCCCCGCGCGGUGCUGCCCCAUGCAGCCCUGAGCCCCACAGCAAGUCCACCAUGGGCCGCGGGGGCCGUGUCCCCUCGGAGAACACGGGGGCCGGCGUCGAGAGCCGCUGGCUCGGAGCCGUGCUGGUCGCCAUGUGCCUCCUCCCCGCGCUGGUGCUGCUGGCCCGGCUGGGCGCCCCGGCGGUGCCGGCCGGGAGCGCAGCGCAGGGAGACGCCGCUGCUCAGGGCCUCUCGGGGGUCCCCCCAACCCGCGUCCCGGGCUCACUGCCCCCCCGCAGACGCCGCUACACGCUGACCCCAGCCAGGCUGCGCUGGGACCACUUCAAUCUCACCUACAGGAUCCUCUCCUUCCCGCGGAACCUGCUGAGCCCGCGGGAGACCCGGCGGGCCCUGGCUGCCGCCUUCCGCAUGUGGAGCGACGUGUCUCCCUUCAGCUUUCGCGAGGUGGCCCCCGAGCAGCCCAGCGACCUCCGGAUAGGUUUCUACCCAAUCAACCACACGGACUGCCUGGUCUCCACGCUGCACCACUGCUUCGACGGCCCCACUGGGGAGCUGGCCCACGCCUUCUUCCCCCCGCACGGCGGCAUCCACUUCGACGACAGCGAGUACUGGGUCCUGGGCCCCACGCGCUACAGCUGGAAGAAAGGCGUGUGGCUCACUGACCUGGUGCACGUGGCGGCCCACGAGAUCGGCCACGCGCUGGGCCUGAUGCACUCACAGCACGGCAGGGCGCUCAUGCACCUGAACGCCACGCUGCGCGGCUGGAAGGCGCUGUCCCAGGACGAGCUGUGGGGGCUGCACCGGCUCUAUGGAUGCCUGGACCGGCUGUUCGUGUGCACGUCCUGGGCGCGGAGGGGCUUCUGCGACGCCCGCCGGCGGCUCAUGAAGAGGCUCUGCCCCAGCAGCUGCGACUUCUGCUACGAAUUUCCCUUCCCCACGGUGGCCGCCACCCCACCGCCCCCCAGGACCAAAACCAGGCUGGUGCCUGAGGGCAGGAACGUGACCUUCCGCUGUGGCCAGAAGAUUCUCCACAAGAAGGGGAAAGUCUGGUACAAGGACCAGGAGCCACUGGAGUUCUCCUACCCCGGCUACCUGGCCCUGGGCGAGGCGCACCUGAGCAUCAUCGCCAACGCUGUCAACGAGGGCACCUACACCUGUGUGGUGCGCAGGCAGCAGCGCAUGCUGAGCACCUACUCCUGGCGAGUCCGGGUGCGGGGCUGAGCCCACGUAGAGCACGGCUGAUAAAGCACUUUCUCCCUGA